AUGGGCGACAUGUACUUCAUGGGUUUAUCAGGUACCAAGUUCUUCAAGCACUGGCCAGCCAUGCGCUCCGAAUAUGACGAGAUCUCGAUGCAAACCUGCUACCUCGAGACGUUCAAGCAUGACGGAGAGCUCAUGAUUCCCGCCAUGAGGGUGUCCGAGAGGUUGCGUGCCGUUGGUCUGGAUCCGAACACGCCGCCCGGCGCUUUCCAGAUGCGGCCACUUGUGUAUAAGAUGUUUAUCAACCAAGCGCAGCGAUUGGGCAUUCCGUUUUUGUUCAACAAGCGCGUCAUGGGAUAUUUCGAGGACAAGAACAAAGCGGGCGUGGAGACGGACGAGGGUGAGAAGUUCGAGGCAGACAUUGUGAUUGCUGCCGAUGGCAUUGGCAGCAAGAGCCAAGCCAUCGUGGGAGGGAAAGUACGCGCGGCUAGCUCAGGCCGAGCCAUGUGGAGGGCGGUGUUCCCUGUCGAAGUGCUUGACAAGGACCCGGAAGUAAGGGAGUUUUUUUCGAUGAAAGGCGAGGACCCUAUCGUGCGCACAUUCCUCGGUCCGGGAGCCUACGGCCUCACACUCAAUCGCGAGGGUACCGUAUGUUGGAUAAUCAAUCACGAUGCGACCGGCACCGAGGCAGAGUCAUGGCACCAUACCGUGUCGUCCGAAUCGGUCCUGCAAAACAUGGACAAGUCGCUCACGUCGCCCACAGCCCCCGAGUGGGCACCCAUCUUGAAGAAACUCAUUGCUCUGACGCCUCCGGACACGAUCGUCAACUUCGAGCUCUUUUGGCGCAAUCCUCAACCUAAAUGGCAUUCGCCUAGUGCCCGCGUGGUCCAGAUUGGCGAUUGUGCGCAUAGCUUCUUGCCCAGUUCAGGCAAUGGCGCAACACAAGCGAUCGAGGACGCCGUCAGUCUCGCGAGCUGUCUGGAGUUGGGUGUCAAGUUGGACGGCAAAGGAGCCGUGCCUGACGCGGUGAAAGCCCAUGUCAGGCUCCGCUUCCUGAGAUGUGCGUGUGCGCAGAAGCUGGGGUUCUCAAAUGCAGAGCGGCUGCAAGACACUGACUGGAACAAGGUUAAGCUUGACCCCAAGAAGGCGCAACCGAAGCAUCCUAAGUGGGUCUGGGCUCAUGAUCCGGAAGAAUACGUGUACGGCAACUAUGAGAAGUGCCUCAAGGGCAUGAGGGCGGGCGUAUCGCUCGACCAGGACCCUAACAUCCCGCCGAAUUAUCCGCCGGGAUACAAAUGGGAGCCAUGGAACAUCGACGAGAUCAUGCGCGACCUGGACCAGGGUAUUCCUGUGGACCUGGGCUCAGGAGAUUGGGACUAA